GAUAGCCAUCAUCAGAUAUGACCUUUCAUUAUUUUAACACAAACAGCUAUAGUUAAGUUAGCAAUAAUGAAGGCAACAAUCCUGAUAGUGUGGUUGUCUUUUGUUUCUGGUCUGGCACAUGCUGCAAGAAUAAAGAUACACCUAAACAAAGAGAAGUAUGAAGAGCAUGUAUUCAAGAGACAAGCUAGUAUGACAGAAACUGCCUGUUCCGAUGCCAUAGAGAUAUUAAGAAGCAACCUGACUUUACCUGGCAUGCUGAACGAUUUGAAUCCACGGGUAAAAUUUUAUCAAUCAAACAUCGCAACAAACAAUGUCAAUGAUUUCUUAGACAUGACAGAAGUCCCCCUAAUAAACAAUCCUACGACAACACUAAGGCAAGUACUUGGGCUGCUGGCAAAUAACACAUGCAUCCCUUUUUUUUUUGGCGGUGCUGUUCGAGAUCAAUUUCUAGGUCGCUCUCCCAAUGAUGCAGAUGUUGAGAUUGAUUGUCCUAUCGAAACCUUCUUUAAUGUGUGUAUCUCAGCUUAUGGCGAAGCUAACUGUGGUCGAUCUUUGUCAAGACCUCUAGGUCAUGUUGGAGUGGAGAAUGAUCAGAUUCUUGAAAAUGUUGACGUUGCUUCAACUAGUAUAACUUUCUAUGCUCCAAUUUCACAAUUAGAAUAUACUGUCAACUCCAUGGCAUUUGAUUUGAAUGGAAAUGACGUGAUCAUCGAUUUGACUGGAACUGGCGAAAUAGAUGUUUGCAAUAAGCGAAUCAGAAUACCAUCGGAUAACAAUUCCCUAGAAAGUUGGAACGAAUGGUUAGUUGAUACGAAUAGCAGUGCUCUAUUGCGAUUUUGGAAGCUACGAGUCAGAGGAUUGACCGCUUAUAACAAUGCUACUUUGAAUUUCAUUACGAACCGAUCUAUGAUCCUCAUAAACAAUGAUCCCAACAGCUUUGGUACAUCGUAUUGCUACAAUGUGUAUGGAAGCGACUACAUUUCAGCAGAAAAAGUAUGCAAUGCAAGUGACUCUGUAUGUGAAACCAAUUCUGGAAAAGCUGGGCAAUACAACGAAGUUUUCGCUGAAGAUUUUGGAGACUAUUGGACAACAGAAAUCGAGCCGAAUUUGCUGCCAACUUGUGGAUCGAGUGCAUUUGCUCUUAGUUACAGCAUUAGCAUGAUGUCACUGUGUGUAGCACUUCUGCUCGUAUUGUUUCUGUAAGCAGGGAUAGAACUUAAAGAUGUUCGCUAUAUAGAUACGCACACGUAGUGUGUAUAUAGUGAUGUGAGUUCCAUGUCUUAUAUUAUAGAAAUCUAUGUGAGCUGAAGUGCAUUGGUAGAUCUAUAUAUAUAUAUAUAUAUAUAUAUAAUUAUAUAUAGCAUUAGAUUUAGCAGUUAUGCAUUAAUUUUAUGUUUGUACAAAAAAAUUCAACAGUUAUGAGCACA